GAAAUCCGAGUGCUUUUAUAUACCACGCCCACCAGUUCUUAACACAGUCAUGCCCUUCUAGCGAGAAGCCUCCUACGACGACCGCCGCGCCCGUGCUGCUGCUAAGCCCGCCGUCAACCACUCCCUCGGGAGAGCCGUAACACUGCUCUCCCCCCGAACGGGCAAAGGAGCAGCACCCGUGCACCGAUCGGGCGGGCAUGUGCCGGCGUGAGUGUAUGCAGACGCUCAUGUCCGGCGUAGCGCGGGGGGUGUGCGUGGGUGUUGUGUUAAGAUGCGGGCUGCUGCUGCAAACGCAGGCCCGCCGCCGCGCGCGCCUUUCACGGGAUGCGCGGGCGGUGGUGACUGCGGGCGGGGUUUGGGGUCUGUUAAGCCUGCGGUGCUUGCCGCCGGCCUGCCCGUCUGCCUGCCUGCCUGCCUGCCUGUUUGCCAUACGGAGCGUGUACCUAACGUGGCUUACGCGAGGUGAAUGGAGAUUGGAGGCUUCGGGUGAGCUCUGCUGCUGCCAUGGUCGGCUUGAGCCAGAGCCAGUCUCUUAUUCUGCCUCUUUCUUUUGCGAUUUACGAGACACGCGUACGUGUGUACACACAGCUAAGCCAGCAGGAGCACGAGCAGGAGCACGAGUACGAGACGAGGCGCAAGGAAAAGGGCAAGGAGGACAGGAUACAACGAGACGACACGAUACGAGACAGCCAAAGAGGCAAUGCAUUGCGCAGGCAGGCGGGCGACAUAGUACGCUUCGCGACGAGUAUCUGUAAGAAGCGGAACAAGCCCGUCUGUAUGUCUGUCUGUCCGUCUACCUCACAGUCCAGAGCAGAGGCAGACCUUAUAUGCCCUCCCCC